AUGGGUCCUUUGGUUUUCAAUCACCCAGUGAACCACAUUGCAAUAUCCAUUCCAGACCUCCAGGCAGCGGAGGAGUGGUACAUGCGAGUACUUGGCUUUUCGAGACUGCGACCAAGCAAAACCCUGGACCGAGCAACGGAGCCGCACGCUGCUAUAUUUAAGAUCUACCCGACCAGUCUUCAGAGGGUACAAGUGGCAUACCUGAGUUCGGGUAACGGUGUCGGUGUGGAGCUAUUCGAGUUCCAGGAACCACGUAUCAGGCAGGGAUCCGAGUCCAAUUUUGAGAGAGAUAUCUCCCGCGGCGGCCUCUUCCACAUGGCUAUCACCACACCUGACGUCGUUGCCAUGUGUGAUCACGUUGUCACAAGCGGUGGCAAAAUGAUUGGUCAGGCUGUGACCGUCUUUGGUCAGGAUGCCGUCUACGCACAGGAUCCGUGGGGCAACGUCGUGGAGCUUCUUAGCUGCAGCUUUGACCAGCUCAUGUCAAACAGAUGA